CGGGAGCGCGCCUAAAGGAUCUGCAUGGAGUACAGCAGCAGCAGCAGCGCGGUGACGGUCACGUGACGGAGUCUGCUGCUGGCUGAGUGAAGCGUGUUAGCAGAUUUUUCUGUUUUGUACAUACAUUGUUUUGUAUAUACUGUAUAUGAUGACCUCGGUGGGCAUCGAGCGAGCCCGGGGCAUUCGGGACAAAGCACUGCCCACUACCACACAGACCACACAGCCACAGAAACAGCUUCAGGCUACGGCUGAACAAAUUAGACUGGCUCAGAUGAUCUACGACAAGAAUGAUGCUGAUUUUGAGGACAAAGUCAAACAGCUCAUGGAGGUUACAGGGCAAAACCAGGAUGAUUGCAUGGUUGCUCUCCACGACUGCAAUGAGGAUGUCAACAGAGCCAUCAACUUCCUGCUUGAGGGGACCUCUGAUGCGACCACUUGGGAAACAGUGGGGAAAAAGAAAAGUCUUGGGAAGGAUGGCACCUCCACAGAGAUAAAGGAGAACAAGGAGAACAGGGAGAAGAAAGGAGAGCGGGAAAGCAGCAAGGGUCGUGGAGGAGUGAGUCGUCGUGGUAGAGGGACCAGUCGCAAUAGGCCAGCGAGGACUGAGGAGAAUGGUGUGGAGCCUGCUCCUGUUGAGAGAGGAUCUGACCGUGGCCGCAGGGGUAGAGGGAGAGGUCGUUGUGGAGGCGGAGGCGUGGUCGAACACCCGUCUGGGGAGAGAGGAAGCGUGUCUGGAGGUAGAGGCAGAGGUCGGGCUCCGGUUAACAGCAGGUUUACAGCACAGGGGAUGGGGACCUUUAACCCUGCAGACUACACCACAAACAGUGGGACGUCAAACUCACACACUGACGUCUGGGAGACAGGGGCCAAUGACACUACUGAUGGGACAGGUGAGAGAGACACAAACAAGAAUUGUUUAGACCUAAUGAACAAACUAAAGUCAUUUUCCUCAAUGCUUUGCGGCACUCACUUCUCUCUCUUUGACACAUUCUGUUCAGUAGCAUGGCAGAACACUCUGGACGAGUGGGCAGCUGAAGACUGGAGUGAAGAUCUCUCAGAGACCAAAGUGUUCACUUCCUCUUGUGUACCUCCAAGUGAGAACCACAUCACACCUGGCCAAAGUCUGGAUCUGUCAUCUCUGCUGCAGAAGCCUGUGGAUCGAGAGGAGGUCGGGGGUCUGAAGGCUGUGGGCUCCUCUCAGGGUCUCGGCCACAGUCUGGUCUUCACCAACUCCCACCACCAGCCUGCUCGAAACGGAGCCACGUCUGCUGGCUCCAACAGUUAUACACAUGCCACCCUGUCCUCUGUUCUGGGUUCUGGUUUUGGAGAGCUGGGUGGUCCAAAGCUGGGACAGACGGCUGGGCAGCAAAUACUGGAACAGCUGAAGGGGCCUGGUCUUGGGCAGCUUACUUCCCAGCCCCCCAGCACAGGGACCAACUGCACCCCUGUAGUGGGGCUGGUCGGGACAGGGAUGUCUGUCCCCUCCUCCUCCUGGGACCUCAAACCUCCUGGAAAUCAGAGCUCUGUUUCUCUGUCCUCCCAGUUCAGUCGGGAAUUUCAAAUGCAGCCUGAGCCAUCUUUGGUGCUAAGCCAACUCACCCAGCGACAGCAGGGCUCCCUGACCCACUCGGGACCUCUGGCCAGGCAGCCCAGCCCUCCCCCGCUGAGCACCCCUUCACCCACUCUGGGCACACUGGAAGCCUUUCAGAAAGCACCGGAACCUUCUCAGCAUCGUGACGGGCCCUCAAUGUCCCCCUCACAGGCAGCCGAGUCUCAGGGCAGCAGCACACAGCAGCGACAGAUAAAGACUCAAAAACGAAGGAUACCUCCCACUUCCAAGAUCCCGUCCUCUGCGGUAGAGAUGCCCGGCUCGGCAGAUGUGUCUGGUUUAAAUGUGCAGUUCGGUGCUCUGGACUUCGGUUCGGAAUCUGCCCUUCCGGACUUCGGUCAGUCAGAGAAUUGUAAUAGUGAACCCAUGAGAGAGGCUGCAGUGGUUCCUCAAUCACAGAGCAGCCUUUAUUCUAAACCUGUCAGUGAAUCUCUGGCCAGUCCAGUCCCAUUGCUGCUGCCUCUGCCCUCCUCUGACCCUAUUUACCCCUCUCCCUCGGUGCCUCUUCCUAGCCUCAUCCCCUCCCACACCACCCCCAGCGCGGUUUCUUCCUCCUCAUCCUCCUCUGCUGCAUCAUCGGCGGGUAACAGCUUUGACUGCGGCAUGACUCCUCACUCAAGACUGAACUUUUCUCAGAGCAAGGAGCCCUCUGGACCUGUUACGAACGGUUUUAAUGGUGUGAGGACCUCUGCUGCUUUAGACACCACAUCGAGUUCCUCCACUCCAAAACAAGAGUCUCCCUCUCUGGGCAGCAGCACAAGUAUUGCCCCUUCUGCCCCAUCCUCUCUGUUACCUUCUUCUGUUACUCCACACAGCUCUGCUCUGCCCAGCCUGGCUUCUGAGCUUUCCUCUACCAGCCUAACUCCCCUCAGCAGUCACGUGAACAUUGGCCAUUCCUCUGUGUCGGCACUUUGCACCACCUCUUCACUUACAUAUACCAGUGUGGACAGCGUGAACUCUCUCGCUCCCUCGUCAAUGCCGUUCUCCUCCCCUUCUGUGUCCGCUCUGCCCAGCAGCGGUGUGAGCAGCUCAAUGAGUGGAAGCAACAUUCUGCAUGGGUCUGGAGCUCUGGGUCACAGCACCAACGGUAUCAUACCUUCUGGUGUCAGGACCACCCAGCUACUGUCUUCCUCCAGUGGUAAAGCUCCUCCUAAUCUGUCUCAAGGGGUUCCUCCACUGCUACCUAACCAGUACAUCAUGGGACCCGGAGGUCUGCUCCCUGCCUACCCGCAGAUUUACGGCUAUGAAGACCUCCACAUGCUCCAAUCCAGAGUACCAAUGGAUUAUUAUGGAAUCACAUUCCCAGGGCCGACUGCUACGCUGUCUGGCAGAGAUGGGAGUCUUGCCAGCAACCCUUACUCAGGUGACAUCACAAAGUUUGGCCGAGGUGAAUCCUCCUCACCAGCGCCCACAACCAGUCUGUCUGCAGCUCAUGCCCCGCAGACAGCACAGCCUCCACAGGCUCAGAGCCAAGGACAGAGCCAGCCUCAGCCGCAGGGCCACCACAACACCCAGCAGACCUUCCUAAACGCAGCCUUGCCUCCAGGAUACAGCUACACGGGCCUCCCUUACUACCCCGGGAUGCCUGGCAUACCCAGUGCAUUUCAGUACGGCCCCACCAUGUUCGUGCCCCCUGCCUCCGCCAAGCAACAUGGCAUGGGGCUCAGCAACCCCACGACUCCAUUCCAGCAGCCCAGUGGCUAUGGCCAGCACGCCUUCAGCUCAGGGUACGAUGACAUGACACAAGGCCCCGCAGGAACAGAGUACAGUAAAGGCUACAGUAACUCCUCUCAAACACAGGCCAAAUCUGCUGCCAAUGGCCCAGGGAAAGGUAUCUCUGUGACAUCUAGCAAUUCUGGGGUGCCUGACAUCAGUGGAACUGUUUACAAUAAGACUCAGUCAUUCGAUAAGCAGGGUUUCCAUGCUGGCACACCUCCACCCUUCAACCUCCCCUCAGCUCUGGGUGGCACAGGACCUUUGACCCCUGGUGCCCCCGGUUAUGCUCCCGCUCCAUUCCUUCACAUUCUGCAGCCCCACCAGCAGCCCCACUCACAGCUGCUCCACCAUCACCUCACCCAGGAUGGACAGGGUGGGCCGAGCCAGAGAAGCCAGUCCAGCACCAUGCAGCAGAAGACCCAGAUCAACAAGUCCAACUAUGGCAGCUCCCCAUACUGGGGCAACUGAGCGCACGCAAUCCACAGUGCAGGUGCCGUCCCGCACCUGACGACACGCCGAUCAGAGCAGAGGGACAACCGUACACACUACCAUCCUCAUCCUCCUCUCAUCUCCCCUUUUCAAAGUUUUGGCUGUUGUAUGUAAAGUAUAUUUAUGUAUGUAUUUAUACAGUAUAUAUGUAUUGGUAGGAUAUGAAAUGUGGUUUUUCUGCAUUUUGUUUUUGAAGGAUGGUUUGUUUUUAUUGCUAAAUGGUUAAGAGGGUAUGAUGACAGAGAGAAGUGAUGAGAACUUAACAGAAGGGUGAAUAUACUUGAACCAGAGCAGGCAUCAUGAAUAAAAACAUGGGAUUUUUUUUGUAUACAUAAACCUAAUAAGGUAUGUACAUUAUUGCUAAGCUUGAUCACUUGAAGCCAUUUUUUAAACUUUUGUAUUUUUGCCCUCUCCCACCGCCCCCUUCACCUGUGAACUUUUUUUAACGAGGGGGAUUUUAAUUUCAGUGCUUAAUUUUGUUCCCUCUGCACUUCGUGACCCCAUCACCAAAUUGGCUAAAAGGUAGCAUUUUAGAACAGAUUUAAUUUUAACAUUGGUUUUAUCCUUGUUGUCAAAAUAAAAGUGUCCAAUUUAUAUGGUUUUGUCCGAUUC